AUGCCACCUAAAGGUUAUAAGAGUUCAAAACGCAAAGUCGUCGAAAUCUCCGGCCAAUCCAUCACCGUCACAGCGACCUUGUGUAAGCCAACCAUUGCUUCUCCGUCCGCUGGUCCAACAACGAGCUCAACCGUACACGAACCUGUCAACGUCACCAGUACCUCGGCAGCGCCUGAUGCUAGUACCAUCUCCCCGCAGCUUCUUCAGCAGAUCGUGUCAACAGUUACUGCUGAAGUUACUUGGCGACUUACACCACACCAUCAAGCGGAGUUUUCGGACGCUGUUGUUGAGGCCCCAGUUGUCGCGAUGGGGAGCAUCCACCUCGACCGAACAACCCGCCAUUGUUUCUGGUAUUGUGGAAGAAGCUUUACAGUCUGUCCAUUCCGCCAUUGCAGGUGA